GGGAAAAUGAGGCUAAAGUGCAUCCUUGUUCAUCUACGCCAGCCACCAGUGCCACCGCUACUUCUACCUUGACGCUCCAACUUUUUGGGUGGCAACGGUGGUAGCUGCUGCCAACAACAUCAAUCCCCAAAAUCGAAAUCUAUUUUAUUGUCGAAUAUGUUGCACCUUUCACUUCCUUUCCUCGCCCUCUUCGAAACUCGGCGUUAUUGCGUGGACUAGAGUCCAACUUUCUCUCAGGUGGUGCAAAAUUGUGGGAUAACUUGGAAGAGAUGUCUCUGGGCUGUUAGUUUGUAGAAGCAAGUUUAGCAAUUUUAAUCAUGCUUUGGCUCUAGCUUAAACAUGGCUCAACAACAGUAUAAGCAAGUUAAUGUGAUCCAAUUUUCAGUUGGCAAAACAAACUUCAACCUGAGACUUUAUCUGAAGUUCUCAUUUCUUUCCUAAAUGGAGUUCAGUGAAGAUCCAGGACCAAUUGAUAAUUAUGUACUUUAUGAUCAAGAUAAUCAUGUUUCUUCAGCAGUUUGGGAUGGACAGGAGCGUGGUGUACUUAGAUGCCAUGAACACACUUCGAUGCUUGAUCAGUGGAAGCUCACACCUAAACAGAUUAAGUUGGUUGAGAAGGCUGGUUUUGGUUACCUACGAUUACUUCCUGCUAUAAGUCUUGACAAUGCACUGAUAGCAGCUUUGGUUGAGCGGUGGAGGAGAGAAACAAAUACCUUUCACUUAACUGUUGGAGAAUUGACAAUAACCCUGGAAGAUGUAGCACUAUUACUUGGAUUAGCUAUUGAUGGAGAACCUGUCAUAGGUCCAAUAAGUGCACCAAGUUCAGUUUGUGAAAAAUUACUAGGGAGAGUACCUGAGGACCUGAAUGGUGGAAUGGUGAAGCUUACUUGGCUGAAGGAGUUCUUCUCUGAGUGUCCUAAAGAUGCGUUGCUGGAAGAAAUUGAGCGCUGUACUCGUGCUUACCUUCUAUACCUAGUAGGCAGUACCAUAUUUUCUACAACAACAGGGAACAAAGUCCCUGUUAUGUACCUUUCUUUGUUUGAAGACUUUGACAAGGCUGGGAAGUUUGCUUGGGGUGCAGGAGCAUUGGCAUUUUUAUAUAGAGCACUUGGCAAUGCUUCUCUUAAAUCUCAAAGCACUAUCAGUGGCUGUUUAACUCUAGUACAGUGCUGGAGUUAUUCUCGCCUCAAUGUUGGACAGCCAAAAUUUAAUCAAGAACCAGAUAAUAAUUGCUUUCCCUUUGUGCUUAAAUGGAAAGGAAAAAGUGGUUCUAGAACGAAAUGUAAUGUAGUGUCCUACAGAAAGGCUUUGGAUUCUCUUAAUCCAUGUGAUGUCCAGUGGCUACCUUACAAGGAUAUGGACUGUACAGCCAUACCAGAAGAUAUAAAAGCUAGUCUGAUUUUACGUGCAUCUAGGACUAUGCUACUAUGUUUUGACAAGGCAGAAAGGCACCUUUCUGAUCGAUGCUUAAGGCAAUUUGGUAUGCAUCAAACCAUCCCAAAAGAUGUGGAACGAUGGGAGAGGAAGAGUCGGAUAGUGGAUCAUGGGGUAGACUUGAUGGGAAAAAUGGACUUGGCUCUCAAAGAGUGGUCAGAACGAUGGCAUCAUUUUAUUGAAGGUGGUGACAUUGCGGAUGAGGGUGAGUACAUGCUGUGGUACCAAAAGAUUACCCGGAAAUAUAUUGGGAGAGUCACAUCAUCUCUGGAGUCAGAGUAUCAAAGAACAGUUACUGCUAUGAGGGAAAUUGCAAAGCUUGCAGAUAUUGUCUCAACAGAAGGGUUGGAUUCUUAUAACAGAGAGUUACUUGAUGAAGUGAAAAAUAUUGUGCACAAAUGUUUAACAGAACAGUUUGAAGAAAUACCAAAUGAGAAAGUGAAAAAGAAAGGUAGUCGAAAACGUAGGCAAAAGGACCACCUGAGUAUGGAAUAUGAAUAGCACCUGCCUAGAGCUGUCUGAAGCUAAUUCUGACCUUAUCCCACCGAUAUGUAUAACCUAUGGUUGGUCGGUAUAUAAUCAAACGGUCAACUACAAGAACAUAUUAUAUACAAGAGGAUGGCUUACUUAUUACUGAUUUUAAAAAAAAUUGAGACAUUUGGAUGCAGAUAGAUUGUAAGUAUCUACUGUAAAGCUCCAUUUGAUCUUUUUUAGGCAUUUAUUGGAUUUUUUGCCCCUUGUUCUUGAUGUAUGGCCUAGUUUUAUGACAGUAUGGUGCUGCUCAACCUUUUGCAUGUCUUGCAGCAUGUUACUGAUCUACGUUUGAUUGACUACCAUUUUCUCACUCAACAGAAACAUAGAUUGGAAAAUUCGUCUUAGAUGACAAAGAAAAGCUGCAUAAUUCUUUUGAUAAUUUGUUGGGGUUUAAAAUUUGAUAAUUUUUUUCAUGGGACAUUCUAAUAGUUGCUUCACGAGCCCCCGUCCCCGUUAAGUUUUGUAUUUUAACCAUAAUCUUCGUUUACUCUGUUGAGUCUGCAGAAUCAGAACAUUUGAGUAAGAGAAAUCUCUUAAAUAUGCAUAAUAUUUG